GUUUAAGGCUGAACGAGUUGUAAGUUAUAAAUACUGGUUCUUUAUACAGACAACGCGAAUCUUGUGUUUGAAGUAAGAGCCAGCGCCGAAUUAUUGAGAACGAGAUGGACGUCCUUAGUACAUACUACGCGUUGCGAGUAUGGACGAUUUUAGCGCCGGCAGCCCUUGGCAUGAUUCUUUUACUAGCAAAUAUUCCUCUAUUCAGGCCCGACAUUAUCGAUCGUGAGAACAGAAUAAAAUCGAUACCUCCUUCAGAGAUUAAAGACAGCUAUCAUUUCAUUAUAAUCGGGGGUGGUUCAGCUGGCUCGACAUUGGCUCAUCGUUUAACAGAAGACAGAAACACGACGGUGCUUCUGUUGGAGGCUGGCAAUGAUGAACCACCGGUAACCGACGUGCCUUUCAUGUAUGAGGUUAUACUGAACACGCCUAUAGAUUGGCAAUUUAAAACGGAACCAACGAACAAGUCGUGUCUGGCGGAGAAGAACCACCAGAUCGUUUGGUCCAGAGGCAAGGCCCUGGGAGGAAGCAGUGUGAUAAACGGGUUGAUGUACAGUCGUGGCAAUAGAAAGGAUUACGACUACUGGGCGGAGCAGGGUAAUCCAGGAUGGGAUCACGAGAGCAUCUUCAAGUACUUCAAGAAGUUCGAAGACAUGAGGAUCGAUGAAUUCAAAGGAUCACCUUACCACAGUACCGGUGGUCCCCUAACCAUAGAACACUAUAGAUAUCGUACACCUAUAACUGACUACUUGCUGAAAGCAGGCACGGAAAUUGGCUACGACAUCUUGGAUUAUAACGGAGCUAAACAAACAGGAUUCGCUCCCUCGCAAGCAACGUUGAGGGAUGGUCUGCGUUGCAGCACUGCGAAGGCUUACAUUCGAUCAGCUUCGAAGAGGGAGAAUCUGCAUGUUAGCCUACAAUCUUACGCGGAGAAGAUUUUGGUACGCGAAGAAGGGGGCAAGAAAAUUGCAUACGGAGUGCAAUUCCGUGUGGAUGGAGCACUGAAGGAGGUGAAAGCUGAUCGCGAGAUUAUUCUAUCGGCUGGUGCGAUACAAUCUCCGCAAUUGUUGAUGCUGUCUGGUAUCGGUCCUAAGGAACAUUUGGAAGAAGUAGGAGUGCCCGUGGUGCACGAUUUGCCAGGGGUGGGUCAACAUCUUAUGGAUCACGUGGCGAUGGGUGAUUUAACGUACUUGGUGGAUCCACCAGAGGACUACAACGGUUUUCAACCUUUCACAUUUAUUGUACCAGAGAAUAUUAACCCAACGACAGCCUUAGAAUUCAACGUUCAGCAUAAAGGACCUUUUUACUCAUUGGCAACCGCUGAGUCGUUGGCGUUUAUCAAUACCAAGUAUGCGAACGCGUCGGAAGAUUACCCUGACAUACAGUUUUUCAUUUCCGCAUUUUUCGAUUAUUCUCACUCCUGCCUCGAUGGGCUUUCGCACGCGGAAAAUAAGUUCUAUGGGGAGUGGUGUUCGAGUAUGUUUAAUCGGCAUUCGUACUGGAUCAAGCCAGUCAUAAUGAGACCCAAAAGCAGGGGUUACAUCAAGUUGCGCUCGAAGGAUCCGAAUGAUCAUCCGAUUAUCGAUCCUAAUUACUUCGACGAUCCUCAUGACAUCGAUGUCUUGAUAGAAGGAGCGAAGAUUGUCCAUCAACUGAGCGAGACCCCAACGAUGAAGAAAUUGAACGCUCGAGCGCACAUAAAUCCUGUCGACGAAUGUUCGUCAUUCGAGUUCAUGUCGGAUGACUUUUUGCGAUGCCAUGCUAGGUAUCACACGAUGACGUAUAAUCAUGCAUCAGGGACAUGCAAAAUGGGACCAGCGAAUGACACGAUGGCUGUGGUCGAUUCCAGACUAAGGCUGUACGGUGUUUCUCGACUAAGAGUGAUCGACACUUCGAUUAUGCCUAGGCUCACUACUGGGAACACGAACGCACCGACGGUUAUGAUCGCCGAAAAGGGUGCUGAUAUGAUCAAAGAAGAUUGGGGAAUAAAGAACUAGUUUCCGUAAAGCCUUUUUUAAAUUAAAAAUAAUCACCGCCAAAUUGAGUAUGAUUAAUUUGACUAAACUUCAAAAUGGUCCACAAAACCGUCCCAUUUUACGUGGCACGCCUACAAUGUACCACGAUUGAAAACUAUCCACAACCACCACGAGACUUUCCUCCACCAAGCCAGCCGGUGUUGUGCUCCAUGCACACAUAUAUCCGAAAUGUGAACCGCGAUAUGCUUCACUUCCUCGGUUAAACUAGCAUAACUCGCUGGUCGGGUAACCGAGUGGUGUCUGAAAGAAGGAGACUAGUAAUUGUAUAAUAAACGUGGAUUGUUACAGUAGUGGCAGGUAAGGCGCGAGGCAACGCCGAAACUAACGCAUUGCUUUCGUUCCGUCUCGUAUCUACCAUUCUUUUUUGUUCCAUCUCUUUUUUCCUCUCCGCGUGCAAAUUUUCAAACUCCAGAGACUCGUUGUUUGUUUCGCGACUAUUAUUAUAAGCCAAAGUACAGGUUCUAUCGCGACACCGUUAAUUCAUGCAACGUCCACCAUCAGAGGUCGAUGCCUAUCGAGAGUAAAAGUCCGUUUUCGAUAUCGACCACCUGGUAUUGUCGAUCGAACGGACAUGCAAAAGUAAAGGGAAUUUCGCGAUCUGUUUGUUGUGCCAGUGCGAGCUCCAAUGGCUGGUUAAUUGGUGAAGUUAAAUCGGCGCUCGAUGGUGCUUACAUAAGUGAGACGAGUAAAAGUUCGGGAGAUGGUACGGAUAUUGUUACGCAGGAUUUCUUAAACGGUGGUUCGUGUAUUGUAAUCGCUGCGCAGAAGAUGUUCAGGUAAUUGACCACGCUUUGAUGCAAUUUCAUUUUUUUAUACUUCGCGAAACGCCAUGCAGACAGACAUUUUUACUACUUCCUUGGUUUCCAAUAGUGUUUCGUGUUCGCGGUGUGUUUGAACGAGUAACGAUUUCGGAAUUGGAAGAAUGUAGGUCCGCAUAUGCGUGGAAUUAGCUUCGUAAUAAUUAUUGCAUAUGCACGAAGAAGACUACGUUCGUAUUAUUUUUCGUGUGAUUAAAAUUUAAUCACUUCUCAGGCUUUCUAAAUCUAGAAAUAUUUAUUUACAUCAGAGAAAAUUGAAGUAUGAAUACUUUUUGCAAUGUUUCAGGAAUUAAGCAAAUUUAGUCGUAGCUAAAUUCCGGUUGAACUUUCUUUCUUGAACAUUAUGAUUAAAGAUAGACAUUUUCUUUGCUUCCCAUAAAUUUUUCUUUAUGCAACCUUCAAACGCGGAAAUAACUUUAAUAAUGAAUUGUGACGUCAUCGUAGGAGAGUACAUCAGCCUAAGAGUAUUGAAAUAUAAAUGAACUAUUUUCUAGGAAAUUUUAAACCGUGCAAGUAUCUUUCGAGGCUAUAAAGUCUUCGAGGCUACUUUCAGUUUUCAAAAUUGUUACGUAUUCCUACGCAACAGUCAAAAUUUCUCACGAUGUGUUUCAUCGUAAUACUGUCCGACGAAAGUAGAAACAUCACUUUCACUCCGUAAUUUUCAUCACAAAAUCGCGAGGAAUUGUUGAAACGUUAACUUGUUUCAGUUAGCAGGAUUAUUUUGAUUUUGUAAUCGUAGUUUACAGUAGGAUGGCGAUUGUAAAGUUCUCCACGGCUAGCAUUAACGAACAGAAUCUAUUGCGUCAAUUUAUUUGCCCAGACAAGAGAUAUAGAUAAAAUGGAAAUAUUUCGAUAUCUCUUACAUAGACCAAGGUCCUAUACCGUAUAGAACGUACGUUCUGUUCUAAUAACUCUGUCUGUCGAGUAAUUAGUUCGACAAUAAUACCUGUCGAGCAGUUCAAUAACAAACACAGAGAAAUUGUCAUGAAUUUAACUUGAUUAUAACACCUAAUGUACCAGUCUUACAUUUCUUCGUCCUUAUAUUAAUGUAAUUCUUACUUUACAUUUGUAUUUGCUUAUAUAGCGUACUCGAAACAUUUUCAAACUUAUUUUUUUCGAAAAUAAAGCGUCAUAUGAACAAAUUUUAUUUUACAUUUUCCACCAGUCACGACGCACUCUGAACAUCUCUCUUCAUAAUCCUCUCAUUAGAGAUGCCAGGAGUCUAUUUAGCCUCCUAUUAUAGCUCGGGUACCUCGGGAUCGCUAAACCCGUACUGUAGCUACGAUUAAAUAUAGCUACAGCCCCUGAGGGUUGCCACUUUGAAUUAUUAUUUCCUCCAAACAACAUCAUUUCUCCCUGAAGAAACACGUGACUGGCAAACGCUCCAGUUCGAGGUUGAAAUUUAUUGGCGGUACAUCGAUCGAACGAAACAGCUAACAGUGACACGAAAUUGAAAAAGUUUGGGAAUUCCUUGUCUAGUCCGACUAGACGAACUGCUGAGAAACCCCAGUAGUCCAUCGGCCGAGUAUUCGCAACACGAAAGAAUAUGAUUCAUGGGUAGAUCGUUAUUGCACAAACCACAUUUCGCAGCGUCAGUUUUGCUGAAAAGAUGGUGGCGAGUAACUCUUGCGCGAGGCUCGCACGUGAGGCAUUAUUUUCACAGAAUUGAUAUCUGAUUCUCUCAGUCGCACUCGGCGUGGAGGAGUAGCAGAUUUCUAUUUCUCGUUCCUCUUAUAUUUCGUCCUCAAUUUUGCAAGAGAGAGUAACUCUCGUAUCAAUAGAAUCCGACUUCCAAGUGUUGGUAGACAGUUAACUACCUCCGAUCAUUUUAUCUGCUACGUCAAUUUGCUCAACAUCCUUUCCAAGGGGUGAACGUAGUUCUCGAGGUUUCAAAAUAUCUUUGUUGCUCGAAGCAUCGUCAGAGAAGUCAGUCCUAGGACGCGAGAAGUGACGCACUUUGACGUCAUUUUGAUGAUUACCCGAUACUUUCUCUUUGAAAAUAUAUACACCUAUUUAUAAUUCCAUCAACUAACAGUGUUAGUCUUGAUACCCUUUGGCGACUCGUUUUAACGAUACUUCCUCUCGUGAAUUAAUUAGGGAUCGUUUCUUUCUAACAUUAUGCUAAACUUGUUAAUGUCGUUUGCUAAAGAUUAUUGUGUGUGUGGAGGUUGAGUUUGUCUACGAUAUUGCAUUUGUUGAUAUUAAGCCUUUCAAAAAUACAAUAUCAUUGAUGAUGACAUUUUCAGUGUAUUUUAGAUGUUCGAUAUAGGAAUGAAUGUAUUUGGUAAUUAUGCUUCCAAAUUUGUUAUAUAUUAUCUAGUUCUAUGUAUAUAUAAAUUAUAGAGAACAGUAAACUGGUAAGGUAUUACUUAUAUAAUAAAACUUGUAUAACCUUUAUACAUAUAUAUAUAAUUAUACAUUUAUUAUUAUUAUGUGAAUGUAUAUAUACAGUUUAUAUAAGAUUACACAUAUAUAUUUUAAAUAUAAUUUACAUAAAUUAGUGACAAGGUAAUACUCACAUAUGCACACCCUCCUAUUUUAUUUUAUUAAAUAUAUUUACAUUCACCUUCGUAACUCGCAGGUCGAUAUCGAGAAAUUCACGAUCUAGUCCCGUUUGGAAACGCUUCCGACGUUUCGCUCGUAUCGAAAUCGACUUAUGAAAUGAUCUGAUACGCAUGUUCUAUCGCAACGGCCCAGGUGAAUUAAACUUCUACUUUUCGCGAGUGAAAUCGCGUCGACGCGAUUCGCGCGCGUUAUGCCCUUUGUUCCCGACACGUGCGCGCUGCUCGUUUUUCGGUCCCUCGGUUUCUUGGCAUCGUCACUUUUUCGCUGGUCGUACCAGCGACGGAGUCGAUCCUCGCCGCACAUAGAGAGCGGAUUCCAACUGCUCCGCGACGCGAACGAAAUUUUCGAUCCCUUAGUUCCUUUCUUACUGGACGCGUUCACGGUUCACCGUCGCGUCCAGCCAUAGGAAAAAUUUCGUUUCAAUAAUUAAAGCGACGGAUGAAAGCUGCGCGUUUAUUAAAAUUUUGCUAUUUUAUUCGAUGGAACAAACUUUUUCUCGUAAACUUGAAAAACCACAUGUGUAAUUCGAAUCGCAAUUUUUAUCGACCGAUCACGAAGAAUAGAGUUUGAUCUGACUCGUCGUUUUGGAGUUGUCUAUUCGGAUGAGAAUUUCGCUCGUUCGGGAAGAGAACACUGCGUUUACGAAGCAUUCGGCGAAUUCGAAAGGCGGAAGUAUGUGAUCUGUGUAAACUUGAACGAGAGGGUGAUCGAAGCGAUAGGAGUGAAUUAGAAUAAAAAUGAUCGCGGCAAGAAUGUGGUGAAACUAGGUGGAGAUCGUACUCUGGCCCGGUGAGUGCUACCUGUUGAACGUUUUGUUGAACUCGUUGGUUACGGAGCCCCCGAUAAUGGAUGGUUCAUCGUGAUUUUCGACUCUAAGCUUGAGUCAUCUUUGACACAAGGAAAGAAUAUUUACAAUAACAAAGGAAUUAAAAUGGACUUAAAUGGAUCCAAGAGAAUUGCCAAGAAACGUGAAUCAGCAUUGUUAUAAUUGCAAUUGUUUGAACAAACAAUUGCGGAAAUGUUAUUAACUGUAUCAAGGUGUUCUUUCGGGCAGGAAUCUUGCCAAUAAAAUACAUUACCUUCGCUCGGAACAGGAACAAAUCUGGAUUUCUGGCGAGAAUUCAGUCUUACCUGCAACAAAGAAUUAAAAGAAAUUACAGUAUUUAUUUUCAUACAGAGACAGAGUCGCAUAUUAACGCGAUAAUAUCUACCUUGAAGGCUGGAAAUAUUCACGAAUGUAUUAUGAGUUUCAGAAAAAAUAAAUAUUCCCAUAAAAAAAAAAAAAAAAAAUAAGAA